GAUUUGACGUAAAACUCGGAAAUGACGCAUAUGUUAUGCGUUGAACAGCGCGAGUGAAACGUCGAACGUGCGGGAUUAUUUUGGCACGUGAACCUUCACCAUGAUUAUCCCUGUUCGCUGCUUCACUUGUGGGAAGAUUGUUGGGAACAAAUGGGAGGCGUAUUUAGGUCUUCUUCAAGCAGAGUACACGGAAGGUGAUGCUCUUGAUGCUCUGGGUUUGAAGAGGUACUGCUGUCGUAGGAUGCUCCUGUCACACGUGGAUCUUAUCGAGAAAUUGUUGAAUUAUGCACCCCUGGAGAAGUAACAAGCUUUCAGCAUGUUUGAAGAUGAACCUCCAACCAACAUCCUCUCCUAUUUUAUAGACUUUAAUGAUUUCAGUGGAAGAUAUGCAGGCACUGAGACCUGUACGUGGCUGUCUUUUGGGGCUACAGUUGAAGCAAACUUGUCAUUUCAAAUGAUUGUUAACUGACAGUUUGUUAAAUAAAGUUUAAAUGUGUUUACUGUAAUGAAAUGAUUGUUUAAUUUGGUAAAAUCCUUCAUUUGGAUCAUUAGUCUACAGGAGCAUUACCAAAUCUUUGAGUUGGAUUGAGACUCAAAUUUCAGUUUCAGUCACUGAUUCCGAGUGACAAAAAUAGCAUAUUAAAAUAUGUCAGGCUUGAUCCCAUUGAUCACAAAAAUGUUCCUGCAUGUGUGUUGUAACCAGAUGAGUUUUGGUCGGAGCUCUUACCAAGCAAUGCUACUGUAUGGCUUCAGAAAGGGCUGUCAAAUGAUUAAUCGCAACUAUUCGUUUGUAAAAUAAAAGUACACACACACAUAUUGUGUAU